GCGACGGCCGCCAGUCCAAUUGCAAUGCUACAGCGGAGUGUGGACAGUAUGCAAGCGAGCGUCGCUGGAAAGACCUGCCCCUUAAAUGUCUGUUGCUCACAGUACGGCUUUUGCGGUACUACUAGUGAGUUCUGCGGUACUGGUUGCCAGUCAGAUUGUACGCAGCCAUCGCCUGAUGUGCCAGCUAGCAGUGUCCAAAAUCGAGUCGUGGGGUAUUGGGAGGCUUGGAAUAGCAAUAGUCCAUGUGGUACUAUGUCCCCAGGACAGAUCCCUGCCACUAUACUCACGCAUCUGAACGUGGCAUUCGGCUCCAUCUCAGCCGACUUUGACUUAACCACUAUGCCUGAUGUAUCAGCGGCUAUAUAUCAGAACGUUGGCAAUUUGAAGUCCAAGAACCCGGAUCUCAAUUCGAUUAUAUCGGUCUGCGGUUGGGACUUGACGGAUGCUGGACCAACCCAGGAGAUUUUUACAAGCAUGGUCUCGAGCAUAGAAAACCGGGCUACCUUCAUUCAAAAUGGGAUAGCCUGGCUGGGCCAGUAUGGGUAUGAUGGUAUCGACUUCGACUGGGAGUACCCGGGCGCAGGCGACCGCGGCAGCCGCCAGGAAGAUGGAGUCAACUACGCACUUCUCCUGCAAGAAUUGUGUACGGCGAUAGAUACCUGCGGCAAGGACUACAUUGUUACCUUCACAGCGCCGACUUCAUACUGGUAUCUCCAGAACUUUGACAUGACUGGUAUGGUUCCCUAUGUUGACUGGGUAAAUAUGAUGUCGUACGAUCUCCAUGUGGUGUGGGAUGCCACCGACGUUUACAUCGAUUCUGAGGUUUUUGCUCAUAAAAACCUGACCGAAAUCAGUCUCUUCUGGCGUGCUAAUGUCCCUCCUUCUGACAUCGUCUUGAGACUGGGUUUCUAUGGACGCACGUACGAGCUCACUGAUGGCUCGUGCUGGAAGCCAGGGUGCGCAUUCAUUCACAGCACCGGCCCGACGCCGUAUGUAAAUACGACGGCCGCUGUGAGUUAUAUGGUAUACAACGGCAAAAACUGGGUCUCGUUCGACGACGCUACUACUUUCGCGGCCAAGAUCGAGUACGCAAACAAGAUAGGCCUUAAUGGUUUAAUGGUAUGGGCCAUUGAUCUGGACGAUACGAACCUCAACGCGCUGGGGGCUAUCACGGAUAGCUCUGCAUUCAACAUCUCCAGCGCUGACUUUUCACUCGUACCACUAACCACUUGA